AUGUCGUCCACUCAACUGCGAUACCACUCUCUUAACGAGAUCAACGAGGUCUACGAAAGGUUGCGGACGACUUUCAAUACUGGUAAGACCAGGCCGAUAGAAUACCGCCGCAAGCAGCUCUCCCAGCUUGGGCGACUCGUGCAGGAGAACCUGUCUGCCCUGGAGGCGGCGGUCAAUAGCGACCUCGGCAAGCCUAAGCUCGAAGCGGUAGGCGAACUGAACGGCGUGGUCGCCGGACAAGUGGACGUCGUGGAAGACUUCAAAAAGGGCUGGGACGCGACGGUGUAUAAGGUUCCGCAGGGAGUAGCCCUGGUCAUCGGACCCUGGAAUUACCCAUACGUCCUGAACCUUGGACCGUUCAUAGGCGCCAUCGCGGCGGGCUGCACCUGCGUGAUUAAGCCCUCCGAGCUCGCCCCUGCCUCGUCCAAGCUCAUGGAAGACCUCUUCACAACGUACCUCGACCCCGACGCGUACGCGGUGCUGAACGGCGCGGUCCCCGAGACGACGCACCUGCUCGAGCUUAGGUGGGACCACAUCGUGUUCACGGGCAGCGGCAGGACGGGGCGCAUCAUCGCCGCCGCAGCGGCAAAGCACGCGACGCCGGUGACGCUCGAACUCGGCGGCAAGUCGCCCGUCGUGAUCGCGGACGACGCGGACCUCGACUUGGUGGCCAAGCGCGUGCUGCACGGAAAGGGGCAGAACAGCGGACAGCUCUGCGUGUCCCCUGACCAUGUCUACGUACCCCGGGCGAAGCAGGACGCGUUCGUUGCUGCGUUGCUCAGGCAUUACAAUUCGUUCUGGCCGAAAGGUCCCUUGCACGCGUCCGCGCGCUGGGGCAAGAUCGUGAACCCGCUGCACCACGCCCGGCUGCGCGCGCUGCUGGCGCGUACGAAAGGCGAGAUUGUCAAGGGCGGCGAGUACGACGGCGAGACGCGGAUCGCGCCAGCGAUUGUGAAGAACGUGGCGCCGGGCGACGCAGAGCUGUUUGGACCGAUCCUGCCACUGGUUCCUGUGGAUAACACGGAAGAAACGAUAAGGUUGAUGAAUGAGCAGGCGGUCCCAUUGGUCAUCUACUUGUUCACAAACAGCGAGGACGUGAAGCAGCAAUUCUUACAGCGCGCGAGCAGUGGUGCACUUGUCGUCAACGACACGACGAGUCAGCUAACCUUGUACGAAAUGCCGUUCGGUGGCUUCCGCGACUCUGGCCACGGUAGAUGGGGUGGGAAAUACAGCUUCGACACGUUCACGCACCUACGGAGCUACAUCAACGUCCCGCCUGCUGCGGAGCCAUUCAUGGGUGGCCGAUAUAUGCCCUACUCGGAAGAGCAGUACCAGAUGAUGGCGGCUAUCGUCAAAGCGCCUUUGCCGAAACUUUGA